AUGUCGUCACCGCCAGCCAUUCGAUUCGCGGCCCGUCGCUUCCAAAUCGCCUUUCUCCUACCUCUCCUUCUCACCGUCGCUACAGCCGCCUCUCACGUCUCGCAACGUCUAGUAGAUUCCUAUAACGGGGGAUGGGAAGGAGAACUAGGGUUACCAGAUGCAGGAGGUGUACUAGCGGAUGAUUCUGCGUUUCAGGUGUCGUCUAACGGCGUGACUCGCGCCGUGUUUCACGGCCGGCGCGCGCUGCUGCAAGCGCCGGCACCGGCCUCAGAGCCUCCGCUCUCCGAUACCGCGGAUCCCUCCGCCUCCGCUCCCGCAUCCUCCGCGCUUUUAGCCCCUGCUUCCGCUCCCGUUUCCGCCUCUCCUUCCGCUCCCCCUUCCGCCUCCCCAGCUGCUCCGCCUUCCGCCUCCCCUUCCGCUCCUUCCGCCCAGCCCUCCUCCCCAUCCCCUGGGGGGGCCUCAAGCGGGACCCCCCUAACGACCCCCGCGGCUCCCACUCCCCCGUCUGGCGCAGGCGGGGGGAACGGGGGGAAUGUGGGGGAUGGGGGGGCAACGUUCGACAUGCCGGGACCUGUGUGCGAGGGGCAGUGCUGCUCCAAUGCGGCCCCGAUAAUCCCGGACGGGAUGCCCAAGAUGACGUCAUCGUGGCUCAGCAGCCAGCUGGCGCACGGCGCUAAGAUCCACGUGCGGCAUCAGAACAGCGGCUUCUGGUGGCGAGCGGCGGAUGGGAAGACGUGGAGUGGCAGUGUGGCGACCAGCAGCGACUUUGACCAGCCGGACGUGUCCCAGGCGCUCACUGUCAUUCGUGUUAGCGCCACCACAAUCAAGCUACAGACCCCCAGCAGCACGUUUCUGUGCAAGGCGCCGCCCUCCCCGGCCAACGCCUCAUAUCCAAGAGGCAUUCUUGCCACCACUGCCGACGCUACAGACCCCCUCGCCACCUUCACCAUCAUCCCCAUCCCCAACUCGCGCAGAGGCAGCAGCAGCACCAUUGAUGCUGCUGCUGCUACAGGCACUGACAGCAGCAAUAGCAGCAGCAGCAGCAGCACUGGCAGCAGCGGUAACACCAGCAGCACCAGUGGAAGUGAUUAUCUAGGGUUAAUUGCCCUGGCGAGUGCGGACGGGUAUUACCUGUCCAUGGGGGAGGUGGCUCCUGAGUUUGUUGACGUGGUAACCACGGGGGAUCCGGCAGCGGGAGCGGGCGGCGACGAGUGGCUGGAUGUGCGCGAGGUGAUGACGGUGCCUGCCAUCCGCGGCGUGAAUUUGGGCGGCUGGCUGGUCGGCGAGGAGUGGAUGAACCCGAAAACGUUUCAGUACAUGGCGUGGGGGGAUGGCACGCGGGUUACAUUCCAGUCAACACCCACAGACAUGUACAGCAGUGCAGUCAGCACGGGCAGAGAACCCAACUGUCUGUUCAUUCGCACCCUUUCACUCCCUCCCAUUCCAUGUCCCCGCGCCCACCCCCCAGGUGACAUUCCAGUCACAUUCCAGUCCACCACCACGGACAUGUACAUCAGUGCAGUCAGUCAGCACAGGUUCACCACCACGGACAUGUACGUCAGUGCAGUCAGCACAGGCAGGGCAGUGAACCCAUCCGUUUGCUCGUCUGCGCCCUUUGGCUCACCACCAUUCCAUGCCCCCCAUCGCCCCCGCAGGUGA